AUUGGCCCGUACUGUCCUGGCGGAUUUUUGUAAGCCGCCAAGAAUAAAAUUCUCCUUAAUAUACGAAUGUCGGUCUUUCGGGCAGCGCAAAUCGAGAGAUUGAGCUGCACUGCUCCCAAUGUGAGUGAAAUCGCCAUACAAGCCGACUCCGCAAACUGUCAGAUGGUUCAUUUCUGUUGCAUAUUGAGUUCAAUUUUGUUCUGAGACUGAAAAAUUUUGAAUAUAUAUCCAAAAUGUUUACCUGUUUGUGGCGAUUUAAUUAAAUCUGUUUCAAAUGGAAAUUUCUAGAAGUUGUUAAAUAUUUAGAUUUUGAUUUGUGAAAAUUUAUAUGCAGUUCGGAAAAUUACCCAUCCGUUGUGACGUUGAUGAUAAUGAACCGCAGAAAGAAGAACAUGAUGUGUUAGACUUUAGCAGUCCAUUUCUAUUCAGUGAUGCUGUUCUAAUUGUUCAAGGUAGAAAUCUUCAUUGUCAUCGUGCUAUUCUAUCCAUCUAUUCACCAGUAUUCAAAGCUAUGUUUCAAAAUCGAUGCAUUGAAAAUCAAAAAAAUGAAGUUGUUAUUCCAGUUGAUGAGUUUGAUGACAUAAGGGAAAUGUUGCGUCACAUGUACACACCUGGUGGUUGUGAUAUGACACCUGAAACAGCUGAAAAGUUGCUACCUAUUUUACAUCGAUACCAAAUCGAUUCUAUGGUUAGCUUGGCUGAGAGGACACUUACAUUUCGUCUCAAUGAUGUAACUGCACCAUUGUUUCUUCGAAUAGCUGAUUUAUAUGGUCUAAGUAGAUUACGACAAGCAGCUUUGGAUUCUUGUGCUCGUUUAGAUUAUGGUCGAAUGGUUAAAGCAUUUGAAGAAAUAAAUCUGUCAAUGGAACUUAAAAAUGAAGUACUUGAAAGAAGGAUAAAAGUUUUGGAAAAAUGUCUUGUAGAUAUUCAACAGAGUUUUACUCAUUCGUGUUCACGUAUGGAAAGUCGUGCUGAACGUGUUCCUUCCAAUCAUUGUUCAUUACAUUGCCGUCCGUUUUCAACAAUCACUUUUAGUCCCGUUGUAAACAAUGCAACAGGACCGUCAACAAAUAAUAGUGCAGACCAGCAUUUACAGAAUAAUAAUGCCAAUGAUACUGUGCAUAAUGACGUGGCUGCAAGCAUAAUGCCAUUUUCAGUUGCUAGAAAUAUGGAAAUGCGUACAGGUGGGGAUAAUGAUAAUAAUGAUACCACACAAAGAGAAGCAGAUACAAAUUUAUCCAAUACAACAACUACUACAACCACUGCAGUAAUACCACCAAUUUCUAAUACUCCAUUAAUAACAGCUGUUUGUGAACAAUGUGUAGAACAAUUCAAAACUCAUAUACAGGAAUUGUGUAAAAGAGGAUUGCAUAAAAUACCGAUUAUCACUUGCAGAAAUCCUUGAUUUCAUUUGUGCCUUUAUUGUUUUCACAAAAUCUCUUUUUCUUAGAAACUAUAGAAUCAGAACAUUUUCACGCCAAGAUACGCAGUCCAGUAAAACAAGUUCAGUAACAUAUCAUGACAUACGUAACAUAUCUAUUCAUAGACUAAAGAAGAACAUCUGUUUAUUUCAAAGAUAAUUUCAUUUCAUUUCUGUCAUUUUAAACCAUAUAUAUUAUGUAUAUCAUCUUAAUAAACUUAAAUUCUGUAGUGUGACAACAAAAUAGUAGUUUGGGUAAAGUUUCGUUUACUUUGGUAGUCUAUAUUUCUCUAUGUCCUAAGCGCUACUUUAGAAUACAUCAUCAAACUCAAAAGCAUUGUUGUUUCUUGAGAUGUUAACUGAUAUCGCGUUCUGAAGUCACCAAUCAGAAUUCUGAUUUUAUAAAUUCCUCGUCUACUAUUUCUUCCAUAGUUUAGUGUCCCAGAUUUUGUGGAUUAUACUCCUUAUCGGCACUGUUGACCUUGAGCUAGCUUAACUAAGCCCCUGUUGUUUUUUCUUUUUGUUACGUCUUCAGUCUAAAACUUCGGUCGUCAGCUCCUGUCAUUA